CACUGCAUCCACGUUCCGUAACAGCCAGCAGCACUAUGGCUGAACAGGAAGUGCCCGCACCCCUGAAAUCUCUCAACUCGGAUGAUCCAACAUUUAUCUCCUUUGUUAACAAAUCCAGUCGAAAUGCCAAAGCAUGGUGGCUAAACUUCUCGGGAAAACCCGUAUCUUACGGCGACAUAAAACCGGGGAAAACGCUCAAGAUGAACACGUACCUGACUCAUCCGUGGAUCUUCAGAGCAUCUGACGGAGCUAAACUGCUGGCUAACCUCAGUGAAGUUUACUUUCCAACUCAAGCGCAGUAUGAGUACGGAUACCCGCAGUACCAGUCUGUGUGUGUGACUGCACCAGUGUACUCAUUACAAGAAUAUUGUGCACGGUUGAUCCGGAGUAUGGUGAGAAAAGAAGACAUCUGCAAGCUGGAAAUCCCCGACUGUUUGAGAAAAGACAUCAGUCGUGAACCCGAUCUACUGAGAGACAUUAAGAUGUUAUCUGCCAAAAUGUCAGUAAAUGGUGCAGACUGAUCCAUUUCCCUCCUCCCGGUCAACUAGAGAGCAGAAAUCAUUUAUGAUAUCAGAUGUUCAAAGUGUGAAAGUAUGCAGAAGCUCAUAGUUUCACUUUCUUUGAACAUGUGGACAAGUUGUUAUUCUAUGCAACGACAGGGCAUCAGCACUUUCAUUUCAAUUUCCUAAUAAGAGCACUGUAGUAUUGGGUUCUACCUAUUAAACAACUGAAACAUCACGGGUAUGUUGUGGCAAAUAAAUAAAUACCACUUACAUAAAAUAAGAUGGAAUGAUUGGAUUAAUAUAGUAAAAGUCCCAGUGCUUUUGGAGGAUAUCAUCACUCUUGGAAUUCCGCUCAACCAUUUAAAUUCAAGGAUAGUAACUAACUGUUGUAUAUGAAGACAACACAUACAGGGUAAAAUAUUUUAUUGUUAUUACUCCAAAUAACAUUAAAUUAUAAACAAUCUCAGUUUUUAUUUCAUACGUGACAAUUUUGCCCUUUUAAAAAUAAACCAAGAGCAAUAUUUCUCUAUAUUAUGAUAAAUAUUAUUAUGACUAAUAUUGCACUUUGGGUACAGGCAUACAGAGAUCCCUGAAUAAUGUUUUAUAUUUAUUGAUGCUUUUGAAACUAACUGCAUGCUGCUUUAAAAUCAUGUUUAUUUAGUGAACAGUAUAUUGUUACACCAAAGACUGCUGCAAAUAAAAAAAAAAAUGUUAUUUUCAAG